CUAAACAACAUGGAGUCCAAGGUCUCAGACGUCAAAACGCCCAGCGUGAUUUGUAUAUAAAUGAAUUAUAAAGUGCUUUGAAGCUAAAUUGAUUGCUCAAAAGAGAUCCUACGAUUGCUCAUGUCAUCUACGUGGUUUGUGACCUGUGCGUGCAUCAAAAUUCUUACCCUGAGCUGUGAAAAAAUACCCUUCAUUGGAGAACUCAUUUGGCCAUCAUGACUCAAGAAUUUCUACCUUUGUGUGAUGUGUUGUUCAACAUCAUUUCGAUGGCGUCGUAUUUUUGCGACGUCGUUUUCGAUGUCAUCACUGCCUACACUUUAUACCAACAGCAGCAAUAUGUUUGGCUAUCCCUAGCAGUGUUCUUCAUCACCUCGUCGUUGAUCGUCAGUCAAUUGCUUUCGGCCAAAUGGUUUCUGGAACGACAUUCCUCCUGCCAACCAGCAAACGACGACGAUAAUGACGAGAAAGAUGUCAACAGAGGAUCGCUAAUAGCUAUGCAUUUAGCUGGAAUAGGUGUCUUGUGGCGCUACUCUAAACUAUUCAUCCCGGUGGACUUGCGAAUUGUGAAACAUGAAGUGCGAGACCUAUGCAUGCUCCGGCUGGUUCACGCUUUCAUCGAGGCCGCACCAAUGUUGUUGGUGCAGUUGUAUUUAAUAUGGCUCAAGCCACACCGAGACGACGUCGAAGACUUGAACAUAGUGUCCACAGUGCUGUCGUUGGUCAGUGUGUGCUGGGCAUUGGCGUCCUUCAACAAGAACGUUCGACGACAGAACGUCCACAAACUCGUGCUGACCUGGCUUGGCGUCAUCUUCCAGUUCCUAUGGCGGUUAGGAACCGUAACAUCUCGAGCGAUUGCCUUGACGGUCUACGCCACUGUCUACGGUUACUGGGUUUUCCUGGUCAUAGGUUUACAUUGGCUGAGCAUGUUCUUCUGGCUGAUAUCGCCACGCAACGUCUUCCACGGCGACAAGAUGUCCAAGAUCAAGAAAGACGCGUAUUGCGCCUUGAUUGCAGUCGUCUACAUCUUUUGCUACGUUAAUUUGCAGCACGUCAAUCCUCGUAUGAAAAUGGCCGCCUUUUACGUCACCAUGUUUUUGGAGAACACCCUUCUGGUGGCUGUGUGGCUCAUUGGCGUUCAUCGUGAGGAGCCCUGGUAUCACGAGCUGGCCACCGUCACCAUGUUCCUCUCAUUCGUCGUUGGCGUCCUUUUCUUAGGCAUUUAUUAUCGAUAUUUCCACGUGAAGCGGUUAAGUUACUCAUCCGCAUCGUCGUACCCGACCAACAACAAUCCGCCCGAGCCCUAUUCUUACGUUACGCCUUCCGGUACUUACGUUGAUGACGGUACUUCAAAUCCGAAUGGCCCAUCGAAGAACGGCAGCAGUAAUCCGAACUCGGGUACGUUCGUGAAGCAAAAUGGUCACACGGUAUUUUGCACCGAGAAUCCGCCGUACGUACCGGGCGUGUUUAACUGCCGAUUUAAUCCGGCAAUGAUGCGGAAGAAGAAGAAACCGACGACUUUCGUUCCACCGCCGGUGCCCGUCUUGCCUUCCAUGAACAUGGCGGUCAAUGGCGGUGGCAAGAUGUCGCAGCCUUUCUGGAAGCGACCUCUGCAUCCGCGCUCAGGUUCCAGCGAGAACGAAGGAAGCAUUUGCUCACGCAUCGAUAUCCAGCUCAAAUUGCAGGAAAAGAAGCGCCAGCAGUUGGCUGAGUUGCGGGUCAUCGAGGAGGAAAUCAAACAGGGCAAGCUCAAGAGGCCACCGCAGAGCGAUGUUAGUGAGUCUGGCACGCUCAAACAGCCCAUUCCUCGCUCAAAGAAACAGCCAUGGCCGAGUGGCCCUUCGAUACCCGAUCCACCUAUUUUCGCCUACGGCUCACAAGGUGAAUCAGGACAUCGGAAGUACCGAUCGAAAACUCCCGAAAUUCUGCUGUCGCCACACCAUUUGGAACACUCGCGAGUAACGUAUUACGACUAUUGCGAUCCCCGCUGGAGGAACGGGCCGUCCUACCAUCCUCAGGGCUCGGUGGAGUCCGGCACAGCUCAAUGGGAUCGAACGUACACGGUGACAUCCGUGAGUUCCAAAAGUGGUGGCGGUGUGAUUUACAAGUCGUACCGCAAUCCAUCCGACAUUGACAGUCAAAUCUCACUCCCACGGUCCUACACGCUGCCGCGUGAGUUCAAGUACAAGAAGCCAAAAUCGCGCAAAGCUAUUCGCACAGAGCACUUUAUUCAUUCAACAAAUUCGAGCGACGGUGACGUCGAUUCAGCAGACGACAACGACGUGGACAACACGACGGGCUCGGUCAUGCCGCCGUCUCUACCGCCUCAUCCACACGCGCUUCCGUACAACGCUUACGGCAACCGCAAUCGAAUGCAAUCGCCCUUCCGAGGCUGGGGUUUGCCCAAUCAGCACGAAACGAAGCUUUAAAAAAGAAACAACCGACAGGAAGACCUUUUCAUUUCUGUAAUACCAGACGCAAUUACCCCAACAGAGAAGAAAACCAUAAAACUCCGCCGUGAAAUGCUCACUUUUCCAUUUACGGGUCGUCUCCAGGACUUGGUUCCUUUUCCGUUGAUUGUCGCCCACUCUCUUCCUCUCCACUCCCUCGUCAACUUGUUUCACUCCUUUCACCCCCCCCCCCCCCCAACUCAACCCACCUUACACAACUCCUGAAAGAUAUUUACCAGUUGUUUUUUCCUCUCUUAUCUGUUGACGCGCAAUGUCGUGAAAAGAAAGUAUUUUCGGAGAGGUUCUUUUUUGUUUCGAAUUCCGUCUGUUCGAAAAUGAAUGAAUUCGUGCCUUUUUUGUGUGAUCAGGAGACAGGCAUUUUUGUUUGUUUUUUGGAAUUGGUUGUACAGUUCCGUACAUUAUCUUUUUUUUUUGUUGUUGUUUCUCAUGUUUCCGUGUUUGUUUUUUUACGAUUUUGAUUUUGCUGUGUUUGAAUCUGUUGUUGAAGGCCUUUUUUUAUAAGCGCCAUGUUUCAUACUUUCUGUAACCAGAAGUGCCACAGGUGAACAUUUGUUAUUAAUUAAUUGUGUGUCGUGUCUCUCAAUUGACUGAGCCAGCUGUAUUUAAAGAAAGACAAUCCAAUCCGCAUAAGAAUGAAAGAAUACCCUCCCAACGCAAACUCGCCCGUCCAAAAUAUGCUCUUCUCGUUCAAAGAAAAGAAAAAAGAUCUGUACUCGCUCUAUUAUUGCAAUUCAGAUGACGUGUUUUCAGUUGAUUUGUUUCCUGAAGUAUAUCUAUUGAUGAAUCAAGA